CUGGUCCUUUUGCAUCACUUGUGUCACCGCUGUGGAGAGAGCUAGUCGGAGCAAACAUGCCUCAAUACAAGCUGAUUUACUUUGACUUCCGUGGACGUGGGGAGCUGUCGCGGCUGCUGUUCGUACUCGCGGGACAGGAAUAUGAAGACGUCAGAAUCAAGAUGAAAGACUGGCCAGCGCAGAAAGGCAAGUACGUGUUCGGCAGACUUCCGGUGCUGGAGGUAGACGGAAAACAGUACGGGCAGAGCAUGGCCAUCGCAAAUUUCCUGGCCCGGCGGUUUGGUCUCCACGGGAAAACGGACGUUGAAAUACUGGAGGUUGACCAAGUCAAUGGAAUAGUAGCCGACAUUCUUGCAGUCUUGGUUCCAGUCUUCCUGGAGAAGGAUGAAGCCAAAAAGGCAGAGCUUGCAAAAGAAAACAAUGAAACAAACAUACCAAAGUUCCUGGGCUUCCUAGAGACUGUGCUGAAAAAUAACAACACCGGAUUCUUCGUGGGCAGCAAGAUUGGAUAUGCCGAUGUAGCUGUUUUCGAUGUACUUGAUGCUGCUGGCGCUUUGAAAGGCCUGGUAGAUGGCUUCCCGUUGGUCAAGGCCAACGUAGAGAAGGUCAAGUCUAAUGCAAGAAUAGCCCAGUAUUUAGCCAAACGACCGCAAACACCGAUGUAGAUGACAAAUACCUGGAAGAAGAGCAACUAUUUCUUUAAUAUAUACUUUAAUUGGCACGCAUCAUAUCGACAACACAUUUUUGUCGAAGAAAAGAAUAAACGUGUGCCGUGGCUCCUACCUUUACUUGACAUGGAUUAGAAUAAAAGUAUAAACUGUAA